AUGGCAGAGAUGGAAGACAUAUGGAAGGAAGCAUUUCCGGUCGGCACGGAGUGGGACCAAUACGACAAAGUGUACGAGAUUGAGUGGGACUUCUCAAACCUUGAUGAGGCGUUUGAUGAGGGCGGCCCGCUGCACGACAAGCGCGUCUACCUCUUUGGAUGCACAGAGCCGCAGCUGGUGCACUGGAAGGGCAAGGACAAGGUGGUGCACGUGCCAGCUGUCGUGGCGGUGUUGUCACCAUUCGCCCCGUCAGACAAGCUGGGCAUCAAGUCGGUGCAGAUGGAGACAGAGAUGAUCGUGCCGAUGCGCGAGAUGAAGAUGGACUGGAUCCCCUUCAUACCCGAUACCACUGGCCGAGGGUCGGACCUAAGGCGGCACCGGUCGAACAUCUUCACUCUCAAGUGCAUACAACGCAGGGCGGGCUUGAGGCAGAUGAAGCAUGAGCGGGUGAAGAAGUUCGAGUACUGCUUACCAUACAUCUUCCUACCGCACAUGCAGGAGGAGCAGGAGGUAGACACGGUGGUGUCCAUCAUGUACCCCUUCGAAGGGGACAACCCACCUCCCCCGCUGCUGGCGGAGUAUGACUGGGAGAUGGACGAGUAUGAGGAGUUCACAGACAACCUGGUCAAGGACGAGUCGCUACCAGAGGCAGAGAAAGCCAAGUUCAUUGAGUAUGUGAAGAAAGAGGUGAAAGAGGCCAAGCUUAAGGCAAAGAAGGAGCGGGAGGAGCGCAAGAAGGCGAUAGAGGACAUGGGGGAGGAGCGCCUGGAAGCGCUCAAGAACCUCCGGUUCCUCAAGUUCUACCCCAAGCAGAGCGACGACACACCUGAUAUUUCCGAGUUCAAGGCCCACUACAUCAACCGAUAUUACGGCAAGGCUCAUGAACUGAUCCGUGCUUCCCUCGCGUGUGUUUCCGUGCUUGCAGCAUUCGUCGCGGUGCUGGUGGCUUUUGCCUACGCAGACCACGACGACCCGGAAUUAACCAACACCUUCACGGCGAAGCUGAUUGGCGCCAACGAGGUUCCCAAGAAUGACUCCGAAGCUGCCAGGAACGCCGUUGGUGACAAGAGCGGCGUGGUGCAAAUGAAGCUCGACUUCUACAAGAAGGAGGGCGAGCUCAUGUGGGUGGAUUACUGGGUGAAGGCGUCGAAGCUGGAGGGUGAGAUGCCGCCCACCAAGACGCACAUCCACCCGGGGAGGAAGGGCGAGAACAACCCCGUGCUGCUGGACCUGCCGUGCAAGUACAAGCAGACCAGCGCCUCCGAGUGGCUGUGUGAGGGCGCCAUGUGGGAGGACAAGUGGCUCUCUAAAUCGGAGAAGGCGAUUUUCACCAAGAUCGGAAAGCACCCCAACACGUUCUACGGGAAUAUCCACACCAAGAAGUACCCCGAUGGCGCCGUGCGUGGCCAGUUCUCCAGGAAGUAA